GCCCCUCCCUCUCCUUCUCUCCGCAGCGUAGCGCCCCGUCCUGCUCCUCCUCUCUCUCUCUCUCUCUGCGGGAUCGAGAAUGUUCUACUCGCACCAGCUCCUCGCGCGGAAGGCUCCGCUCGGCCAGAUAUGGAUGGCGGCGACGCUCCACUCGAAGAUCAACCGAAAGCGGCUCAACAAGCUCGACAUCAUCAAAAUCUGUGAGGAGAUUUUGAACCCAUCGGUGCCCAUGGCUCUGAGGCUCUCCGGAAUCCUCAUGGGCGGCGUGGUGAUCGUGUACGAGAGGAAGGUUAAACUUCUCUAUGAUGAUGUGUCUCGGCUUUUGAUUGAGAUCAACGAAGCAUGGCGGAUCAAGCCGGCCGUGGACCCCACCGUCCUCCCAAAGGGUAAAGCCCAAGCCAAGUAUGAAGCAGUAACACUACCAGAGAACGUUAUGGGUAUGGAGGUGGAACAGCCCAUGAUUUUUUCAGAUGCUGAUACUGCCAGGUUCCGGGGAAUGCGAUUGGAUGAUUUGGAUGAACAGUAUGUUAAUGUCAACCUAGAGGAUGAUGACUUCUCCCAUGCCGAGCAUCAUCACCAAGCCGAGGCAGUGAAUAUCACCCUGGUCGAUAAUUUUGAGUCUGGGCUUGCAGAAACUGAUGUGUUCAAUCGUUUUGAGAGAUUUGACAUAGCAGAUGAUGAUACUACAGUCAAUAUCACUCCUGAUGAACACCCACAGGUUCCAAGUACGCUGGUUCCCUCACCACCUAGGCAGGAAGACCCUCCUCAGCAACAAGAACAGUAUUUUGCUGCCCCAUCCCCUGUUCAAGAAGAACCUCAACAAGGGGGGUCAUUAGAGGAGCAAGAGGAACAGAAGAUGAAGCGACAGCAAUCACCUAAACCAUCAAAGCGGAAAGCACGUAGGAAACUCCAAGUGAUUAUGGAUAACAACCAGAUAAUGAUCCCAGGAAACAUAUAUCAGACAUGGCUGAAGGACGCAUCAAGCCUCGUCUCCAAAAGGCGUAAAGUUAGCGAUAAUUUUAACAUUAUUCGGUCAACCAAGAUAAGUGACCUCAUGGACAUGCCCCCGGUUGCUCUAAUAUCUUACUCAGACAAGUCACCCUCAGAACUAUAUUAUCCUAAGCAACUUGUGCAGCUCUGGAUGGAAAGUACUGAAGUCAAGUCCGCAAAAGUUUCAUCUUCAGGUGGGCAACCUUCAUCAUCACAAGAACAACAGCCGAGAAACUCUCCACCUCAAGAAUUUCCACCUCAGCCUGAAGGAGAAUAUGAGAGGGAAACUGGAGCUGACCCAAUGGGCUUCACAGAUGGCAUUGAAAAACUUAGAGGAAACAUGAAUCCAGAGUAUGAAAGAGUUUAUGAUACUGUGCAUAGUGACCAUAGUGUUACUCCUGGAAGUCCUGCAGGGCUAAGUCGCAGGUCUGCUUCAAGCUCCGGUGGCUCUGGACGGGGAUUUAUACCAUUGGAUCCAGAAGUACAAUUGCCAUCUGUAAGUGGAAGGUCCAAGAGGAGGCAGAAUUCAUCUGGAAGAAGUUUGGGGAAUCUUGAUCCAGUUGAGGAAGAUUUUCCACUGGAGCAAGAAGUGAGGGACUUCAAGAUGAGAAGGCUUUCUGAUAUUGGACCGACCCCAGACCUUCUGGAAGAAACUGAACCGAUUCAAACCCCAUAUGAGAAGCAAUCUAAUCCUAUCGACAAGGUCGCACAAUCAAUUCAAUCGCACCUCAAACUACAUUUCGAUACCCCAGGUGCCCCACAAUCUGAAUCACUAAGUCAGCUUGCUUAUGGGAUGACCACAGCCAAGGCUGCCCGACUAUUAUAUCAAAUGACUGUUUUAGCAACUUUUGAUUACAUCAAGGUUACUCAGCUGGAACCAUACGGAGACAUCUUGAUCUCCAGAGGAGCAAAGAUGUGACUUGGUGCGGUGAUGCCCGAAACUGUUUUGCUACUGAGGUUCUUCUUGCACAGAUCGUGUUAUAUACAACGUUUACUUUUUGCACAGGAGGUCUUGUAGGUUAUAUGAUUACAUCUGCUGAAGAAAAGGAAGUGAGUUUAUUAGGCACUCGUUUUGUGUUAAGUCACAGAAAAUUUCUAAGCUAUGAUGGUUUCAGAGUUCUGAUAGAUGAUGUAGAAUUAAAAUUACACGACUUAUAGCCAGGGGAUCUAUUGCACUGUACACGCGUUAAAUUUGGUUGGUUAUCCAUACUUCAGAUUAAACAGCUGAUUUUAACCCCUUACCUUGAUAAUACUUGUUCCCUUUUUUCCAUUUUAUCUUUGCAAAAUGUGAUUUGUGAAAAUAUUUAUGUAUCCUGUUGGAAACAUGACAAUGUGGAACGAAUGCAUUUUCUUGUUGGCUUC